AAUAAAAACCUUUGCCCACAUUUUCCACCAAACAAAUAAACAUCCCUUUAUGGAAUCCUGACUUACCAUCUAUACUUACAAAUCGAAAUUUUUUUAUUUUUUUUUCUCUAAAAUUAUCAUCAUGACUUUGUGCGGAGUAGAUUCCGCUAGAGAACUUGCGUGUCGCGACAGUCAUGCUGCCGCGACACUCAAAUUCAUAUCAAUGUUGACGAUAUUCGUGACAAGUAUCAUUGGAAUAUCGGGACCAGUUAUGUUGGCUCGUUUGUUUCACGGGAAACCAUUAUACGAUAAAGCAAUACUAAUCAUUAAAUGUUUUGCGGCGGGUGUUAUAUUAUCAACUUCAUUAGUUCACGUGCUUCCUGACGCGUACGAGGCACUCGCGGAUUGCCAAGUUUCAUCACGUCAUCCGUGGAAGGAUUUUCCGUUUUCGGGUUUGGUUACUUUGAUUGGUGUGUUGAUGGCUUUGUUUGUUGAUUUAACUGCCACUUCACAUGUUGAUGGAUAUAGUCAUGGUCAUGGUCAUGGGGCUAAAGAGGUUGUUUCGGGUUAUGAGAGGAUUGGUGAUGGUGAGGAAUUGAAGAAAUCCGCGGUGGUGGAGAUUGAGCCGGUCGAAGUAGUGGAGGAGCGACAACGAUUGAAAGAGGAGGAAUUGAUUAAGUUGAAACAAAGAAUGGUAUCACAGGUGUUAGAGAUUGGAAUUAUAUUUCAUUCGGUGAUAAUUGGGGUGACAAUGGGGAUGUCGCAAAAUAAGUGUACGAUUAAACCAUUGGUGGCUGCAUUGGCCUUUCAUCAGAUCUUCGAGGGGAUGGGCCUUGGCGGUUGUAUCGCUCAGGCGGGUUUCAAGUUUGGAACAACGGCGUACAUGUGCAUCAUGUUUUCGGUGACAACACCAAUGGGAAUAGCACUCGGGAUGAUCUUAUUCUCAAUGACAGGAUACGAUGAUAGCAACCCAAAUGCGUUGAUCAUGGAAGGACUUUUGGGUUCUUUGUCAUCCGGAAUCCUCAUAUACAUGGGUCUUGUGGAUCUUAUUGCUCUUGAUUUCUUUCACAAUAAGCUGAUGAGUUCUGAAACUUGGUUAAAAAAGUCAUCUUUUCUGGCCCUUGUUCUUGGCUCUACUUCAAUGUCUAUACUUGCUCUCUGGGCUUGAAAAUGAAAUUUCAUCCCUUACUCAAAUGCUAGUGACGCCUGCUUGUACGUAGCGAUUGUAUUUUCUUGUUUUUGAGCGGUUUGGUUUUGUGCACCACUCGUAUCAAUUGAUUUUAAUGAUACGAAUAUAACAAAAACCAUAGAGUGUAGAUAUCACUUAUGCCAUAAGUAUGUAGGCGAAAUUCACCGUCAAUUUCAACCCUACGGAUCAAAUUGGGUUAUGUUACGGCUCGAAUGGGAUGCACUGUAAAGUAAUUGAUACUGUGUUUGCUAAUGAUUAGAAACAGACUUGAACUUUA